GGUCUGUGUGUGUGUGUGUGUGUGCGUCUGUCUGACUGGGGUUUUGUUUUCGUUCUGCUGCUGGAGCCUUUGCUGGAUGGACCUUUCCCCUUGAUACCCUUGACAGGCGCUUGUGUGACAUCGGCACCGGGCGUACGUAAUACUGCGCCGGCGCAAGUAAUCAGUUCGCUUGCGUCCGUGCAACGUUCCGGUAGCUGCCCGGAUUUUGUUUUAUUUUGUAGACACCAGGUUUAAACGGUUCUGAAGUGUGUCAAUAGUGUGUCGUGCUUUGGUGCAAUCAAGCGUGGCUACAAAUUCAAGGGUUCUCACAGUGUGUGUCAGUGUGUCUUACAGCCUCGCAGAACUUCCAGUGUUCAGUGUUUGUUAGUGCAUUGCAAUAGAGGCCAAAUCAAAAGUUUCCCAAAUUUAGGGAUUUUCUAACCCCAUAAAAAGGAGUUCCACCGACACCGAGGACAUCGAGAUGCUGUCGAGGGUAAUUAGUUUUGAUGAGGUUGUUAAAACAUCAAUCGAAACAUUCCGCAACACGUUCGGUGCCGAGCCGGAGCUGGCCGCCUGUGCCCCCGGCCGGGUCAACCUGAUCGGUGAGCACAUCGACUAUAACGAUGGUUUCGUCCUGCCGAUGGCACUGCAGCUCGGCACGGUGAUCGUCGGGCGGCGCAAUGGGACCGACUCGACCUGCGACGUCGUUACCUGCUCGGACAGCAUCCAGGAGGGCACGAAGCGGGCCCAAUUCGACAGCAGCACCAUCGCGAAAGGAUCGCCCAAAUGGCUUAACUACGUCAAAGGUGUGAUGUUUCAUUUCCGCCAGCCAGUACCGGGCUUCGAUGCGGUCAUCCACACGAACGUCCCCGUGGGCAGUGGGCUGUCCAGCUCGGCUGCCCUCGAGGUCGCAACCCUAACGUUUCUGGAGCAGCUGACGGGGAAACCUGUGCCAAGUAUGUCCGACGGUGCCAAGAUGUGCCAGCGGGCGGAGCAUACGUUUGCGAACGUGCCGUGUGGUAUAAUGGACCAGCUGAUUGCGCUCGGUGGUCGAGCCGAUCAUGCGCUGCUGAUCGAUUGUCGCAAUCUGGAUACGGAACCAAUCCCGUUCGAUGCUCCCGAGCUGGCAAUACUGAUCUGCAACUCCAACGUCAAGCACGAGCUGUCCUCUAGCGAGUACCCGGUACGGCGGCGCCAGUGCCAGGAAGCGCUGGAACUGAUGGGCCUGAACAGCUACAGGGAUGCCACGCUGGAGCAUCUGAAAGCGUUGGAAAAUGCAAACGAGCUGCUGGUGCGCCGAGCCCGGCACGUCAUAACGGAGAUCGAGCGUACGAAGGCGGCCGCCGAAGCGCUUAAGGCGAAGGACUUUACCAAGAUGGGCCAGCUGAUGACGGAAUCGCACAAAUCGCUCAGCGAAGACUUUGACGUGUCCUGCUACGAGCUGGACCUGCUGGUCGAGGCCACCGUUGCGACCCGCGGCGUACUCGGAUCGCGCAUGACCGGCGGCGGGUUCGGUGGCUGCACGGUGACGCUGGUGCAGCGGGCGGCCCUUGCCGACGUGGUGAAGGAGAUGGACACGAUAUAUUCGCGCAAAACGGGCGGCAAGUACCGGGCGCGCUUCUAUCUCGCCCAGCCCGGCAACGGUGCGCGGCCAAUCGAGCUUGGCGCGUAUCUGCGGUAGAGUGUGUGCGACAGGAGGGGGAAUAGGGGACCAUUCCAAUUAUGAAACAAGCGGAAAUAAAUCAAUAAAAGCUUUACCUUA